AUGAAUAAAUAUCUGGCUGAGUCGUUUGGUACGUUCUGGUUAGUCUUUGGCGGAUGCGGCAGCGCCGUGCUGGCAGCGGGUUUCCCUGAGGUGGGCAUAGGUCUGUUGGGUGUCUCUUUAGCAUUUGGAUUAACCGUGCUGACAAUGGCGUAUGCCAUUGGCCACAUUUCCGGUUGUCAUUUGAAUCCGGCGGUUUCUGUCGGCUUAUGGGCUGCCGGUCGAUUUCCCGCGGGUGAAUUGCCGGGUUAUAUCAUCGCCCAGGUCAUUGGCGGUCUGAUCGCGGGCGGUGUGCUUUACGUUAUUGCCAGCGGUGCACCAGGUUUUGAUCUGGCUGCCGGUUUUGCGUCCAACGGUUAUGCGGAACACUCACCCGGAGGCUACUCCAUGGUGGCAGCCCUUGUUGCUGAAGUGGUGCUGACCAUGAUGUUUCUGAUCAUUAUCCUUGGCGCGACCGACGACCGCGCGCCUGCAGGCUUUGCACCCAUCGCGAUUGGUCUUGGUCUGACACUGAUCCACCUGAUCAGCAUUCCGGUCACCAACACGUCAGUCAACCCAGCACGUAGUACCGGGGUGGCGUUGUAUGUUGGCGAUUGGGCGGUUGCCCAGCUGUGGCUGUUCUGGGUCGCACCUGUUGUGGGCGCGUUACUCGGUGCGAUGGCUUAUAAAGUGCUAGGUAAAGCUGAGGACUAA